GAUCAAACUUAAAGUGUAUCAUUUAUUAACACCUCUAUUAGAAAUAAUGUGCAGUUAGUACAAUUCAAUGCCUUUCGUUACAAAUGUCUUUCACAUGGUUGAUCUUUAUUGACCUCAUAUAUUUAAUUAAUUUAAUUCUUCAUACGAAAAAUAUCAUUUCCCUUAAAAACAGAGAGAGAGAGAGAGAGAGAGAGAGAGAGAGAGAAAUCAUCAUUCAAUGAGGCUAUAGUAUAACAAAUAUGAGGCCUUCAAAUGUACCAUCCAUUGGCAUUUCAAUAAGCUUCAACUUAAGGUUUCACUUGUUCUUCAACAGCAGCCAUGAGCUCCCCUCAUGCACUCAUACUCCCUUAUCCUGCACAGGGCCAUGUCAUUCCUCUCAUGGAGCUCUCUUACUGCCUCAUCGAACGUGGCUUCCGCAUAACUUUUAUCAACACAGAGUUCAAUCAUGAACGUAUUUUUGCUGGUUCAAUGCUUGAUGAAGCUAAAUUUAUUGAUGGAAUUCAUUUUGUGACAAUCCCAGAUGGCCUUGAACCAGAAGAGGAUCGCCACAACUUUGGGAGGCUUACAACAUCCUUGACCACAGUGAUGCCAAGUUUUUUAGAAGAAUUGAUGAGAAAUAAAGCUGUGAAGUUCACUUGCUUUAUUGCAGAUUUCAAUAUGGCUUGGGCUCUCACUAUCGCCAAGAACGUGGGGCUUCGGACGGCUGUCGUUUGGCCUGCUGCAGCUGGAGUCCUUGUCACCAUACUUAGUAUCCCCAAGCUUAUUCAAGAUGGAGUCAUCGACGAAAACGGAGUGCCAAUGAAGAAGGAAGUUAUCCAGUUGAAUCCAGGGAUGACUCCAAUGGACACAAGCAACCUCCUUUGGUGUUGCAUUAAUGAUGAAUAUACACAAAAGAUAGUGUUCAACUACAUAAUAGUCAAUAACCAAGCAACUUCCAAUGCUGAGAUGAUAAUCUGUAAUAGCUUUGAGAUGCUUGAAAAGCCAGUCUUUAAGGAAAUGCCCUACAUUUUACCUGUAGGGCCACUUCAUAAUAGCUUUGAAUCAAUAAGAGAUCCUAAUUUAUGUCACUUUUGGUCUGAGGAUAAGCAAUGCAUUGCUUGGCUCAACAAGCAUCCUGCAAAUUCUGUCAUUUAUGUGGCUUUUGGUAGCAUAACAAUCUUCAAUAACAAGCAAUUCCAAGAGCUAGCACUUGGCUUAGAGCUUAUCGGUCAGCCAUUCUUAUGGGUGGUAAGGCCAGACAUGACUAAUAAAUCCAGUAGUUGCACCUAUCCCUCAAGCUUUGAAGAAAGAGUUGCAGAUCGAGGGAGAAUGAUUGGUUGGUCUCCACAACAAAAGGUUCUUAAACAUCCUGCAAUUGCUUGUUUCAUAUCACAUUGUGGUUGGAACUCAACCCUAGAAGGUGUGAGAAAUGGAGUACCUUUUCUCUGUUGGCCUUACUUUGCAGACCAAUUGUUUAACCAAAGCUAUAUAACAAAGGUUUGGAAGAUAGGUUUGAGUUUGGUUCCUGAUAAAAAUGGGCUAAUUUCUAAAGAGGAAGUUCGAUCAAAAGUGGAAGAGCUGCUAAAAGAUAGAGAUAUUCUGGCAAGAUCUCAAGCUUUGAAGAAUUUUUCUGACAUAAGUGUGAUGGAAGGAGGAUCAUCCUUUAAUAAUCUCAAUAAGUUUGCAGAUUUUAUAAGAGAAAUUUAAGACAAGGAGGUUGAAGACUAGUGUAAAAUGAAUAACUUGAAUGCUUGGAUAUGGAAAGAAAGGACGUUAAAUUUGGAGUGAAGUGUUGGAGUUAGUUACUUAUGUAUUUAAUAAUGUUCUCUCAUCCUUAAUUAUUAAGUGGAUCAUUUCAUAAUAUAUAACAAUAUCACAUCAUUUGGAUAUUUUUUGUGACAAAAUAUCAUUAUUUUCUUAUGAUCAUCUUUCUUAUGUGUUUCGAAUAAUGAUGUAUACUAUCAUCACAAUAUUUUAUUUUAUCUCUGACAUUUUCAUUAAAUGACUACUCAAAAUCUUAUAUUUUAAAAUUCUUGUAUUCAAUAAUAGUAAGCAUCUAUAUAAUGAUUAGUUAUUACUUUCUUGUAAUUCAUUAGACUAUUUGAUAAGAUAUGCAAAUAAUAGAAUGCUUCUAUGAAGUUGUAGUGAGCUAGUUUGUCAUUAUGAUUUAUUAUUGUUAGUUAUUCAUUUAUGGUUCUUCUUCCAAGUAAUGAUUGCAAUUAGUCAUUGAGAGCCUUCUUUUAGCAAAAAUGAAGCCCUGUGAAAUUUGUCCAAGGAAGCAGGAUAUAAUCCCUCAAAGAUAGCAUGACAAAGAAAGCAAUAAGAAGCAACAUGCGAAAACAUAAAGGAGCACCAAUAGUUGCAUUUAGUGCUAAACCUUAAAUAACAAGCUAGAGUAGUAUACCAACAUUAAAAUAAUACUAUAGUUGCAGAUCACAGAAAUGACAUGCGUCGUAAAUAAAAUAAUGCAAGCAACAUAUUGAGUCACCAUUCCCAAUUUCAUUAUACAAUAGUAAUAUAAACCUCACAUGUUUUCUAGGAGGGAACAAAAGAUACAUUAACGCCUAGUUGAUUCUCAUAAAAUUUAUGAAAAUCAUCAUUGGCUACAAAUAUUAAUAAAACUCAACAAUCACUAUGAUGUCAAAACGGUAAUCCUAACAUAAGAACACAUGGUCAAAAUAUUUCCAACCAUGUCAUAUAUAUAAACUUUUAAUCUGGUGUGGGAUCCAAAAAUUUGCACCCCGUCCUCAUGUGCUUUUGAGGAGUUCUAAUGAAUUAAGUUAUAGGGUAAAUUUUUAAAAGGCAGAUUGGGGUUGUAAAUAAGAAAGAAAUAACCAUUAGUAACUUAAUAAUGAGAAGACAAAAAGAAACAGGACACUCAAAGAAAGGAUAUUUACAAGUUUCAGAAUUAGAACUACAUAGUACACAAUUUUGAUUAACACUAUGGCUUCUUUUAUUUAUAAUAUCUUUAGUCUCAAACACCCAUGUUUGUAUUUACCAAGCAAAAGUAUAAUAUUUGAAGGAACAACGUUUAAACUAAGGAAGAUUUUUUCAACUUACUAAGGGAGGUUGACACUGAAGAGAUUGGUAAACUUAUUUUUGGGAAAACCUUUUUCCCCAUCUUUCCAAAAUUAAUAGAAGAGUCACCAGUUGGAGUAGGAUGAAUCUUGGAUAUGACAUAAUUAAUUAAUAUAUUAGCAUUAGUAGGUAAGCAUGAUAUAACCUUUGAAAUAAAAUCUCUAAAGAUUGCAUAAUGUGGGAAAUAGAGCCAUAAGACAGUAAUAUCACUCAUUCAUAAAGAGAGGUGCUAGAGAUCCAAGAAUUAUAGAAGAAAGAAAAAUAGCUCCUAGUAUUAAUUUAAAAUGAGAUCCCCCUUUUAAUUUAAAAAUAUAUAUUAUUUAUGAAUUUCUAGAGGGUUGAAGCUUGAGGUUAGAGUUUUUCCAUCAUGAGCCAUAAAAAUCGAAGUACUCUCAGAAAAAAGAAGAAUUUGAGUUAUAAUUAUUAUAUCAUCCUAGACUUACACAUUAUGAUGAGAGAAUUGCUGACCUCAUUUCUGUAUGAGGUCACUAUGACAUAUUUGGAUUUAUUUCUGAUGACCAAAUGAUUAGAGAUGUUUACUUCUCAAUCAUAUAAGUCUCAGUCAAAAUCACAUCCAAUCCUAAUCAAAUCUAAAUCCACUUUUCAAUUCAAUCUCUGGUCUAGCCUUCCACCAACUUCCAAUCAACUUUCAAAUCAUCUCCAAUCAAUAUCAACUACUCAUUUGGUUAUCAUUAAGAUGAAUAAUUCAAAUUCAACUAUCCAAGCCAAAAUCUAAUCCAAACCCAAAAUUCCUAAGUCCGGAUCCAAUGCCAAAAGCCUAAGUCCUGAAACCCUUUAUGGGUGAAUUUUCUAUCACCAAGAAGCCCAGUCAAAUGACAUUCAAUUCAUGAUUUGUCAAUUGAAUAUAAUUUAUACAUAUUUCUAAGAUCAACGCACCAAAUUUGAACUCAUUCUGAGGUCCCUAGCCCUAGAAACUAGAUUGAUUUUCAAAGGCUGUAAAAGCUUUAAAUAUUUAUGGCCUAUUCCAUUAGACUUGUCAUUCAGUGGAAUUUGGCCUUUGGACUCUUUCCAAACCUUCUAACCACAUCCAUGACCUUUUUUAUGACUUAUUGGUUAGUAACCUACACUUUGGUGGACCCAGUUUGACCAUUAGUUGAUAAAGGGCCAAAAUGACCAAAAUGUCCUUUAAAGUGGUUUAUGGUCUUUUCCCCAAAAUUCAACAUGGCCUUCCUAUAUCAAUCUUUAAAACCUACCCCAAUUGAUCCUAAAUAUCAUUAGGAACACAUUGGAGCCAAACCCACCCUUCAAUUUGGUUUGAACUGGUUGACCAAGUUAACUAUGGUUGACCAAAGUGACCCUUAAGGGUUUAAACACCCAUUUCAAACUAAAUGCGCUCCCCUUGACUUGGGACCUCCCCCAUUGAGUUCAUAUGACCAAUUUUAACUAAAUGGAUCCCAUCCUAGACCCUAGGUCAACUUAGUUGACCAAGUCAACCAAAUUUGACCAAAUCUCCCAUACACUUCCACCCUCUUAAAUCACUUGACCAAGACUUCUCCAAACCCUUUCAAAAUCAUGGAAUGAUCCAUUGGGUCUUUAAGAGACCCCUCUUGAAGAUCUAAGAAUUGGGCCCACUUGUGUUAGCUAUUUGGCUUGACCUAGGUGUCCAAAGAGAGGUUCCCCUUGAGCAACAAAUCCCAUCCUAAGCCAAAUUGGAUUAAACCCAUGGUGGCAUUGGGUCUCUCAUGACCCAACACACCUUCCCUAGUUGACUUAGCCCUUGGGUCAACUUGGGUUAGGAAUUAGGCUAGCCCAAAGUGGUCAAAACCACUAUGGGUUGAGUCAUUUCUCAACCUUAGGCCCCAUCAACUCAAUUCAACACUAACAUUGGCUUAACCUAGACCCAAGGCACCCACCCUAGUCAGCCCCACCCUUGGGUUGACUUGGGUCAACCUCUAGGUUAGCCCAAAGUGGACAAAACUACUUUGACCUGAGCCAUCUCCCACCUCAGACCAUAUCAAACCCAACUGAUACUUGCAUUGGGUGCCCCUUGACCCAAUGCAUCUUCUCCAUCAAUCCCAUGACCUGACUCAACCCAGGUUGCACCCGACCUGACCCAAACCAUAUAGGAUUGAAUUAACUCAAGCCUACUUCCCCAAUUGGCUUCCCCCAAACCCAAUUGAGCUCACAACUGAGUUCAAUAUACCCCCAGCAUCCUUUCCAUUAAUUAUGAGCAUAACUUAAUGAAUUAAAAUUUGAGUUUUAUAAGUCUUUCAUUUUUUAGUAUUUUGAUUUAGGUUUGUUCUCUUUUCUUUUUUUAUUCAUUUUAUAAUUCCUGAAUUUAGUUUUAUUUUUAAUAAAUUGUAUUCAGUUAAAAUUCAAUUAAGGGGUGAUUAAUAUGUUAAUUAGAUUUAGUUCAAUUCUAUGUUCAUAUUUUGCCUUUUAAUGAUUAUAUAUGUUAAUUAUGAUUUAAUUAAAAAAAAUUAAGUGUUUUAAUGCAUUUUUUAUUUAGAUUAUCAUCAAUUUUAUUGAUUAAUUAUUAAUAAAUUAUAGCACACUAAUCUUAGGAUAAUGUGUCAUUAAGUUUUCUAUAUUUAUAUUUCUAUUCUAAAGGGAGCAUGCAUCCUAAGUCUAAAUUUUUUAAGACUUACUACUUAAUUUUUGUCCUUAGUUGUCACUAGUGUUGUAUAGAAGAAAGAUAUUAUUUUUAACCCUUUGGACAUCUACACAUGUGUGUAAAUGAGUUUAGGGAUCUAUAGUAAAAUAAGAAAAGAAAAUAACCUAAGAAUAGAAGUUUCUACAAGGUCCUAGGGGUAGGGGAACGUGCACACAUAAGGGCUCCCUAAAGGCUAUCUUAGUUUUAAGGGAACUUACAACACCGGGGGAUAUGACCCGGUGGUUCUGCCCGUAGCACCCCCAUCGAAAUGAAUGAGGACGACUGAUGCUCAUAUCCGUUGGCUCCUUCGUCUAUUGCUCCAAAAGCUCCAAAUGUACCUCGCAGAUAAAGGAAAAGAGAGAAAUAUGUGUUAGAAAUUCAUGUAUUUGAUUUCUUUAAAAAUUAACAUGUACAUGAAAUUCAUAAAUGAUGCUUAAGAACGAUCAUACUUAUAAACAACACAUGAGAAAUUAAAAGACAUCGUUGUAACUUAUCAUGAAUGAUUGCACAAUUUGAAUCAGUUAACAAAAGAAAUACUUACACAACUUCGAUUUUAUAAGAGAUUCAUUACACUUGAGAUGAACUUUAUAAAGAGACUUCCGCAAUAACAUAAAUAACCUUUAUAUACAAUGUUUCUAAAUUUUUGAAAUGAAUGAAAUAAAUCAUACUAAGAAUAAACUUUAAAACAUUUAAAGGUAUAUUAUCGGGUACAAAUUAAUUUUACAUUAAAAGAAAUAUCAAUCAUGGGUUUUAUAUUAAUAAAUUAAUUUGCAAGAUGCAUGGGAUGAAUCUUUUAAAAAGAAUCAUACUAAUCGAUUCAAUCUAAUAGAACAAGUCAAUUACUGAUCGGAUCUCUCAACCUUAUUUAUUAGCAAAGAAAAUCAUGAAAUACUAAGGAUAUAUAUCAACAUUAAUUAUUAGAAUCAAUUCUCAAAUAAAAGAAGUCAACCUAAGAGAGGAAACUCGCCCAAUAUAUGGUACGACCUACCAUUUAAAUAUGUACUAGAUCAGUGAACAAAGGUACACUAAAAAUAAUGGUUUUUGAUGUACUCACAAUUAUACUGAUUAACAUACAUUUAGUUAACUAGUGAUUGUAUAAUCCCACAUCCAUAUGAAUCCAAUAUGAUGGAGAAAAAUAAUCCAAUCGAAAGUAACUUAGAAUUCAAAUAUGAAUGUAUCUCCAUAUAUAUAAGUUUCGGUUUAACUAGUAUUAUCCAUUAUAUGAAAAUAUUUUAAACGGAUGAAUCCAGAUCACAUAGCAACUGACAUGAUCCCCAGCACUUAUUAUUUGAAUACUCUAGGCUUAGCUAAAUAUUAUUUAGUCACCUGAUAUUGAGCAAGGUAUCAAACAUUUCUCAUUGUUUUUUUUUUUUUUUAAUAUCUUUCAAUAACAAGUUGAUUCAGUUCACCUUAAAUACAAUUGAUCUUAUC